GAGCGUUGUCAUGUGAUCGACGCGGAAGUCACAGUCCACAGACCCAAAAGCAUGUGAUCACAACAGUAGCUAGAGUCUUUAUUUCUUGUUAUUGAAGCAUGGUCCGGUGUUUCUUGAUCCACACGGUGUGCGGGCUGACUGCGCUGGGCCCCGGGGACAGCAGGGUCCUCUACUCCCGGGUCUUUGGUCCAGAACAGCCCGAGCACAACCAGAACCAGGAGCUGAGUCCGGAGGAGCUGAGGCUGCUGCUGAAGGAGAGGCUCGUGGUGGUCGCCAGGCAGGUGCGCAGUGCAGUGUCCCUAUCCCGUGAUGCCUCUGGUCGAGAGUUAGUAGAGGUGGUCCCUGGAGAGGAGGGCCUGGCGCUGCAGGAGGCUGACAUUGGGGUGGUACGUCUCCGAGCGGGGCAGCCCUUCUCUGGGGAGACGAGUGCUCUGUGGCUGAGCAUCCUGAACCUGGGCUUCACUCUGGUCUGCGAUCCCAAUGACAACCUGCUCCUGGCUGAAGGGACGCUCCGGACCCUGGCCCGCCUCUGUGUGGAGCACCUGCACAUGCUGGGGCAGGGCAGUGAGGUUCUUCUCAAGAGUAACCGCAUUGACUUCUUGCUCAGUCGCUUGCUUCCUCACGGACAGCUCCUCUUCUUGAAUCACAAAUUCGCUCAGAGUCUGGAGAAGGAGGUGGCACUCUACAUGACCAAGUGAACCCUGACCCUGAAUGCCACCUGAACUUUAAAAUCAUGAACUACCUCAGCCUCAAGUCUCAAGCUAAAAAAAAACAACAUCUAUGGGAUCACUUGUGUCUUGUUUGUGCUACUGGUGAAAUCAUGGUACACCAGAUAUCGGUAAUAUUAUAGGGUCCGAUAUAACAAAUUUGCUGAUAUUUGAGACAGAUUUUUUUUUUCUGUAUACCCAUGUGUCACUCUCAGUUUGUCCUUACUGUAUCUAAUUUGUCUUUUUGAACAGAUUAAUGAGUAAAAUGGAAACAAAAGAGCAAUUAGGCUAAAAUAUGACAAUCAUGAAACACAUUAUUUUGUAUCCCAGAUAAGUACAGCUUGUUGAUAUUUUUCUUUACAAGUUGAUUUGUGAAUUUUACUAUAACUGUGGGCUAGCUAUGGAUUUUUUGUUUUUAAUAUUGGUAUCUAUAUGUAUUGGCCACAACAGCUAGAAAAAAAAUCGAUACGUCAAGUUUUCAAGCAAGUAAACCUACUGAGUAUCUAGCAAAAGUACCAUAUACAGUUCCUUAUAUUAUGGUAAAUAUGGGGUUACAUGUUAGGAUGCAACAUUAUCACUUUGACAGGUACUAGUCUAUUUCUUGGCAGUAAAUAGACUUUUUCCUCACGGACCCAGUUGCCUUGUUGUUGACUGUGUGGGAGGCGUCAGUUGAAAUCCUGUUUGUCAAAUGGAGGAGUGGAAAGGAGAACGAGGCACAUCAAAGUGAGCAGCUCGGAAAGACCAGUUCAAACCUACUUGUCAACAUUAAAUGCAGCUAUUUAUCUGAUUCAGAGCACUCCAAAUGUCACUGUUCGACCUUGGGGAAAUCAGGCCCUCCGCGGUUAUUUGUGGACAGUUGUUUGUGCCGCUUUUAAUGGCCACACAAGUGAAUCAUGGUGACUUGAUGGUGGACCUUUUGUUCCCUGUGGAGGAGGACAUCAAAGGUUUCAAGUAUUAUGUAGAGCGAAUGUGAAUAGAGAUGGAAGUAAAUCGGGUUUAAUGUCAUUUCCAAUCGGAAGUCUUGUGACUGAGAAAAUUGUUGAUUGAAUUGUAUUGCAUGUCUUAAGACAUAAUGAACUGUAUUAUAUGAUAUAAGACAAAUAUAAGAGCCCUUUUGUUGUAGUGAAUAUAAUUCAUGCCAAGUUAUGUCCUUUUCAAACCUUGAACAGAUAAAAUAAAUCUAGGGGAUUACAUGGACUUGUUUUCUUACUUCAAUAUUUAAGUUCUGUCUGUCCUAGGAUUAUGAUUUUCAACAAAUAAAUCUGUAAUAGCUUGAGAAUAACAAUAAUUUCUUCUGUAUUGUAUUAUAUUGUUAUGAAUUAAACUGACAAAAUAAAAAUGCUACAGACAAAACAAAGGCUUAUUUAGGACUAGAAAAUCGUAAAAUUAUCCUUUUUUAAAAAAACAAGCAAACUAUUUUUUAUGACAGAUCUUAAUACUGCAAUAUACAAUAUGCAGCCCUACCUAGAAUGUUCCACAGUAUGGCAUUAAACAUAUUCAUGGAGACAUGCAGGUGGUGCCACCAGACAAAAUGACAGGUCAGAUCUGUGGACAGACUACUCUGUUCAUGGUGGAGACUUAUUUUCAAACAAACUUUUAUUUUGUUAGUUAAUUCUGAACAUCAGCUGUGCUUCUCUAAAUGAGGAUAUUUCCUUGUGUAAUCGGACUAUUCCCGCUCCCAUUAACCUCAUAAACCCUCUGUUUCAUGCUGGCUCUUCCAUCUAGAUGACUUUAUUUCUGAAUAUGAGAAAGUGUCUCUGAAUGCAGGCAUCAGUCGCUUUGAUCUUUUUUUGUAAAUUAAAAAAUAAAAUACAUUUUGUUUU